AGAACGUGGAACACACACGCAAGCAAGACGGAAUGGGCAAUCCAUGGACGAAGAAAUCCAUCCAGGAGAAACGACGUCAUCCCCUCCCUCACUAAAAUCCGUCACGUGACUAAAACCCUGAACCCCACUUCCCCCAUCAGAAGAACCUUCACAGAAAUUCAUCCCCAACCAAAAAUCCCCAAUUCUGCACCUAGUCCAUCAAAACCUUGAAAAUUAUUACAAUAUAUAAUCUUUGAAAAAUCUAAACCCCCAGGUUCAUGCAUCUCCCUCUUCCCAUCCCUAUUUAUAAAUCCCCUUCCCCAUUUUCACUGAAAUUCGAUAGCCUCUCCCUGAGUCCCACUCUCUUAAUUUCUCACCUGUUUGAAAUCCCACGACUGAAACCUCCUAUCUUAGCUUCCAUGGACUCCGAUUUCGCUCGGCUCGAGUCAAUAAAGCGACACCUGCUCGACGAUUCAGAGUUCCUAUUCCCUCCAGCCACCGGCUCCGGCGGCGCUCCAGUCUAUUGCCGGAGCUCCAGCUUCAGCAGCUUGUUCACUGAAAACUGGGGCGACUUGCCCCUGAAGGAGAACGAUUCCGAGGACAUGCUUGUUUAUGGUUUUUUGCGCGACGCCGCGAACGUCGGUUGGGUUCCGUCCCCGCCGGAAAGUGGGUCUUUUGAUUUCGCGGCGAAUGUGAAGUCGGAGCCGCAGAUUGAGCCGGAGGUGAUCAGGUUCGCAGAGUGUUCGGCGGCGCCGGCGAAGGUGGAGAAGGUGGAGCCGGCGGUGGUGCCGCCGAAGGGGAAGCAUUACAGGGGGGUGAGGCAGCGGCCGUGGGGGAAGUUCGCGGCGGAGAUUCGGGACCCGGCGAAGAACGGCGCGCGGGUUUGGCUGGGGACGUUCGAGACGGCAGAGGACGCUGCGCUGGCUUACGACCGAGCGGCUUACCGGAUGCGCGGCUCGCGAGCCUUGCUCAACUUCCCGCUCCGAGUCAAUUCAGGCGAACCGGACCCGGUUCGAGUUACGUCGAAGCGGUCGUCGCCGGAGCCGUCUUCGUCGUCGUCGUCGUCGACGAUAACGUCGGAAAACGGAUCGCCGAAGCGGAGGAGGAAGGCUGUCAGCUCGGCGGCGUCGGCAUGCCAAGGUGGACAAAAAAUGGCUUCACUUCCACGUGGUGAGCAAUUAUUGGAGACAUUCCAAGUUGUUUCAUUGCCAUGUGGCGGCACUUAAUGGCCAACAGUGCUGACUGUGUAAACUCCCUAAUUCUAAAGGGACACCACCAAUAGGAAAUGGCUUUUGGGCCUUUUCUCUUGGACUCUCUAUUCUCUACAAAGAGAAAAAAAAAAAAACUUUUGGGAGGACAUGAUAUUUGUGAAUACACUUUAUGUGAGGCUUGUAUCUUAGGGAGGGCUUUUACACUUCAUGUCACACUUUAAUAUCACCAAAUGAAGAUUUAAAGUGUUUUGAAGGACAUUUAGAAUGAGCUUAUUUUGAAUUUAUUAUUUAGUUUAUUUACAUUUUGUGUUCAUUGCUUUGCGUUUAAUGUUAAUGUGAGAUGGUAUUGCGGUC